AUGACGCCUUUGUCUAUACUUAUCCCUCUGGUUUGUGUUGCGGCACUUUGGAUGAUUGCCGAGCUGGGCUGGUGUGAGUACAAAAAGCAUAGGAGUCACGGCAAAGAAAUGCAGGAUCCGCUACUGCCGUAG